AUCAACUCUUGUUUUAAAAACUGAAGAAAAAAUUAAUUAUGAUUCCAUAUAAAGGAGAGAAAACGUUUUGACUCACAACAUAACAUCGAGACUAGAGAGAGACAAAGAAAGACAAAAAGAAAAACAGAAGAAGAAGGAAUAUUCCGGCGAAGACUGAGACUCUCGGAGUCUCAAUUCUACAUGGAGAAGUGUUUCCGGCGGUCUGUUCUCCUUUACACGGUGGUUGCCGCCGUGUUAUUCUCUUUUGUUCCGGUUUCAAUCUCCAUCCCUUUCAUACUCUUUCACGGAAUUGGAGAUAAAUGUUCAGGAGGAGUAAGUAACUUCACGCAACUCCUAAGCAACCUCUCUGGCUCUCCUGGCUCUUGCUUAGAAAUAGGAAACGGAGAAAAUGACUCAUGGUUCAUGCCACUGAUUAAGCAAACUAGUUUAGCGUGUGAGAAAGUGAAACAGAUGGAAGAGUUGAGUCAAGGCUACAACAUUGUUGCAGAGUCUCAAGGUAACUUAGUUGCUAGAGGACUUAUCGAGUUCUGCGACAAUGCUCCUCCUGUCAUCAACUAUGUCUCCUUAGGAGGUCCUCAUGCUGGCAUUGCUGCAAUCCCCAAGUGUGAUGCUGGUCCAUUCUGUGCUAUAGCUGAAGACUUGAUGAAAUUGGCGAUUUAUAACGACUUCGUUCAAGAACAUAUUGCUCCUAGUGGUUAUGUCAAGAUUCCUGGUCAAAUGUCAAACUAUUUGGAACACUCAAAGUAUCUACCAAAGCUUAACAAUGAGAGGCCUGAGGAAAGAAACUCAACUUUCAAAGAACGGUUCGCCAGCUUACACAACUUGGUUCUUGUCAUGUUCCAAAAAGAUACAACAUUAAUCCCUAAAGAAACUGCUUGGUUUGGAUAUUAUCAAGAUGAAGGAUUCGAUACUCUUUUGUCAACUAAACAGACAAAGUUAUACAGAGAAGAUUGGAUUGGUCUGAAAGCAUUGGAUGUUGCCGGGAAAGUGAAGUUUGAAAGUGUAUUAGGAGACCACCUCAGUAUAUCAGAUGAGGAGGUUGGGGAAUAUGUUGUGCCUUACUUGAUGCAAAGCAGUAUGUAAAUAAAAUUGUAACAUGAGACUAUUAUGAGAGAUAUUGAAAACUUUUAGGAGUGUUGUUCAAUUUUAAUAGUUUUCUAAAUCCAAAACUAACUUCUUUCUUUGAUAAACUAUUUUACUUUGUUUUUGGUUAAAUCAGUGGAUAAAUGUAAACAAAUGCUAUAAAUGUAAUUAAAUUUUGUUCAAGACU